CUUGAACUCCUGACCUCAAGUGAUCCACCUGCCUCAGACUCCCAAAGUGCUGGGAUUACAGGCAUGAGCCACAACGCCGGGCCUGUUUUAUGCUUUUAUAAGCAGCUAUUCUGAGAAAGCAUUCAUGGGCCUCACCAGAUGCCAGAGUCCAUAAUGCAAAAUAAAAGGAAGGCCAAACAGCCCAGUUCUAAAAGUUUUCAAGCUAUCACUCAAAUACUGUGCAUAGCUGCCCUUUGAAGUAGGGUCUGUUUUAUCUGUUUUACAGACCUAGAAACUGAGGCACAGAAAUGAGGGUCAGCCCCAGUUCAUGCAGCUAACAAGAGCUGGCCUAGGCACCCAGGGACCCGGCCCCUCACCUCUGUGUUUUGCUACUGAGCUUACCGCUCCUCUUGUGGCUUUUUCUUGAGGAGCCCAAGGGUCUGGGCCCCACCCCAAGAUCUGAGGCCAGUGGCACUGCCCCCUAGCCGGGGCGAGAUGACAGAGCCCUAGGAUGCCUGAAGGGCGGGGAAGGAGGCAGAUGGGCGUGGACCAAUGGCUGUUGCAGCGCCUCACCUGGCCGUCUCUGUGGGCCCAGGUAUGCAGUAAGCUCCGCCCGGGACCCAGCCCAGCCCCUCCCCAGGCCUGGGCUCUGGGAGCGGAAAUUCCGGCGCCAGCAGGGCAGAACAGGAGCUGAUUCGAGCCGGCGGACACCAGCGGAGCUGGACCAUGGAACCCGUAGAGACCUGGACCCCCGGAAAGGUGGCAGCUUGGCUGAGAGGUCUUGACGACUCCCUGCAGGACUAUCCCUUUGAGGACUGGCAGCUGCCUGGCAAAAACCUGCUCCAGCUCUGCCCCCGUAGCCUCAAUGCUCUGGCUGUGCGGUCUCUGGGACACCAGGAGCUCAUCCUAGGCGGGGUGGAACAGCUCCAGGCCCUGAGCUCCAGGCUACAGACAGGGAACCUGCAGAGCCUGACAGAGGGACUACUGGGGACAACCCAUGACUUCCGGAGUGUAGUCCAAGGCCGCCUGGGGGACUGUGCCGAGACCCCUGUUGAUGUCCUCUGCGCGGCUGUUGAGCUCGUGCAUGAAGCCAACACCCUCCUCUUCUGGCUCCACAGCUACCUCUUCUCCCACUUAAAUGACUUCUCGGCCUGCCAUGAGAUCCGGGACUUGCUGGAGGAGCUGAGCCAGGUCUUGCAUGAGAAUGGUCCAGUGGCCGAGAAAGAGGGCACAGUCCUGAGGAUCUGCAGCCACGUGGCUGGGAUCUGCCACAACAUCCUGGUCUGCUGCCCCAAGGAGCUGCUGGAGCAGAGGGCCGUGCUCGCGCAGGUGAAGCUGGACAGUCCGUUGGGUCUGGAAAUUCGCACCACCAGCAAUUGCCAGCACUUUGUGUACGAAGUGGACACCCAGGUUGCCACCGACUCCCGACUUCAGAUCCAGCCUGGAGACGAGGUUGUCCAGAUCAACGAACAGGUGGUGGUGGGAUGGCCCCAUGAGAACAUGGUGAGGGAGCUGCUUCGGGAGCCAGCUGAACUCAGCUUAGUGCUGAGGAAGAUCCCGAUGCCAGAGACCCCCCAACAGACACCCCCACAGGUCCUGGACUCCCUGAGCCGGAGGAGCCCAUCGCUGUCUCCACCCCCACUGUCUCCCAGGGCCCCAUCCGAAGACGUCUUUGCCUUUGACCUGCCUUCAAACCCCAGUCCCGGACCCAGCCCUGCCUGGACAGACUCUGCCUCUCUUGACCCUGAGCCCCUGCCCAUCCCCCCAGAACCCCCAGUCCUAUUCCCAGCAGGGGUAGCAGAGACUCCAGGACUCCCUGAGUCUCCUAACAAGAGUCCUGUUGCUGGUCGGAAGAAAUCAAAAGGCCUGGGGACCCGGCUGAGCCGCCGGCGCGUGUCAUGCCGUGAGCUGGGCCGGCCAGACUGUGAUGGCUGGCUCCUGUUGCGAAAGGCACCUGGUGGCUUCAUGGGCCCACGCUGGCGCCGCUGCUGGUUUGUGCUCAAGGGACACACGCUCUACUGGUACCGCCAGCCCCAGGAUGAGAAGGCUGAGGGCCUCAUCAAUGUCUCCAACUAUAGCCUGGAAAGUGGACAUGAUCAGAAGAAGAAAUACGUGUUUCAGCUCACCCAUGAUGUGUACAAACCCUUCAUCUUCGCUGCUGAUACCCUGAUGGAUCUGAGCAUGUGGGUGCGUCAUCUCAUUACCUGCAUCUCCAAGUACCAGUCUCCAGGCCGGGCCCCCCCACCCCGAGAGGAAGACUGCUACAGUGAGACGGAAGCAGAAGACCCAGACGAUGAGGCUGGGUCCCGCUCAGCCUCACCCAGCCCUGCCCAAGCUAGGAGUCCCCUCCAUGGAGAUACGUCACCUGCAGCCACCCCCACACAGCACAGCCCACGGACCUCCUUUGGCUCUCUGACAGACAGCAGUGAAGAGGCACUGGAAGGAAUAGUACGGGGGCUGAGGCAGGGUGGUGUGUCCCCCCUGGGCCAGCCAUACCUGACCCUGGAUCAGUGUCGGAGCUCUUUCAUGCGGCGCAACCGAGACCCCCAGCUCAAUGAGAGAGCGCACCGUGUGCGGGCGCUACAGAGCACACUCAAGGCAAAGCUGCAGGAGCUGCAGGUCCUGGAGGAAGUACUGGGUGACCCAGAGCUGACUGGGGAGAAGUUCCGUCAGUGGAAGGAGCAGAACCAGGAGCUGUACUCAGAGGGCCUGGGGGCUUGGGGAGUGGCGCAGGCUGAAGGCAGCUCCUAUGUCUUGACCUCUGACUCCAGAGAACAGUCCUUCCAGUCCCUGCCCUCUGACCCUGAAGAUUCAGCACUCCCAUCUCUGCCCUCUGACCCCAGAGAACAACCUCCAACCUCUUGACCUCUGACCCUGGCCAGCACCCUAGCUCCUGACCUUUGACCUGACAGCCACCUCAACCCUAGCCUCUGACAUGUCCAGAACAGAGCAUCCCUGGAUUCUGUUCAGGGUGGGAAGUGGUACUGCUAGUCAUGGUCCCACCCCGAGCUGACCCCUCUGCCUAGGCCCCCAUCAUUCCCACUCCUGUCCCCCCUGGAACUGGGUAAAGUGAAGUGAGCUUUGUGCCACCCUCUCCUCCCUUGCCAAAGAAGAAAUUCUUCCACCUCAUCCUCCCAUCCCUGGGGACACAGCCCUGCCCCCCAGCCCUAGUUCCUUGGCAAUUCUCCCCCAAACUGGGUCUGCACAGGUGUUCUUUAUUUUACAUGAGGGACACUUUCCAACCAAAUAAAGUCAAUUUUUCUAAAAA